GCGUCGUAGGUGCAAUAUUUUGCCAUUCAUACGGGAGGCGGAACACGAUCCUCCUAUCAUUCAUUUAUUACGACGUCUUUGCCUUGAUUAUUGGAUGCGCUUACAACCGCCUUCUGAGCAUUGUCCCUCUGCUGGUCGUUUUCUACGCUCUGAUGCUCUUCAUGGGCAAUGUAGGUCCCGGUAACCUCAUGAGUCUCAUCGCUUCCGAAUCGUAUCCACAGAACGUCAGGGGGUCGUUCUACGGCAUCACAGCUGCCUUCGGUACUGCAGGUGCCAUUGCCGGCAUCCACGCCUUCAAUGCCAUCGACGAGAACCUGCGCAAGCAGUGGGGCUUCGUUAUCACAGCGAUAUGUGGCAUCGUCGGCGUUAUUGUUGCCUACUUCCUUCCUUCAGCAUCGGCGGUGAUGUGCACGAACCCGUCAGAGGAGGAAGCGACGCGAGAAGUUGACACAGCAGCAACGUGUCGUGUCCGGAGCCAGCACGAAGGCCAGGCGACACAAGGAGACAACGGCGGUACGGGGGAUGCCGCUCGAGAUCGUGGUUCAGUUGUCUCCUAUGUUGACAAGGACGCCGAGUUCGCCGCCGACGAUGACUUCGUGCCUUUCGCACAUGGUAUGAGUCACUCGCUGGGUCCCGACAGACCUGAUCCAUUCGGGAUGCCUGGCGCGUUCGACAUGCCCCAUUUAUUCCAUGAGAGGGAUUCCGCGUCAGCGCCAGCUACUGUGCCGUGCCCUUCGCUUGAAACACGGCGGGGUGUAAGCUCAGACGCCAGAGCGCGCGUUAUCCAGACCAACCGAGUGUUACUACUGCAAAGGAUGUCUGCCGAUGAGGCCCUGAUUUUUUUACCGACCCAGUCGAGCGUAGUAGCUGAGGUGGCUCCAACUGCACGUCAAGUGCAAGAAGUCAUAUCCGAGUGUAUAAUUUCCUCUGAGCUUGAAGCGAACUUUUCGGACAACCAGGUCUUCCUCGAGGCGGUAACGGAACGUGCCACCAAUCUGGCGCCGGAUGACCCGCAUACGUUCCCUAUCACCGAAGAGAACGUCAGGCGGAUCACCUGGCUGAGCAUGUAUCAGCCAAUCAUAUAUUGCGACGACAGCUCGUCCAUGGCCGGUGAACGCUGGCGUCUACAGCGCGACCUGGUCAACCGCAUCGCCAGCAUUGUGACGCAGGUCGUGCCGGAAACCUAUGGUGUUUGGCUCCGUUUCAUCAACUCACGAUCAGCAUGGGACAAUCUGACGCCGUCCCGUGUUCUCGACGCGGUCGACACAGUGAACCCCAACGGUGCUACACCGUUGGGCACAACUUUACGGAAUCGCAUCCUGCAGCCGCUGGUAUACGACGUCCUGGCUCAGCGUCCCCGCCUGGAACGCCCGCUGUUGAUCUGCGUUGUCACGGAUGGUUGUCCCACCGACGGCUUGGCAUUCGAGAGGGCCAUCGUAGAGUGUCGCACGUUCUUGAAAAACGCGCGUUGCCAAUCGACUGAAGUCCGCUUUUGCGUCAAUCAAGUUGGCGACGAUCCCUCCUCAACGGACUUUUUGAACAGCCUCAGAGGUAAUCCAGAAAUACAAGACGUUGUCUACUGCACGACAGGGAGGCUGGAUGAGCAAUUCGGAGAGCUGAAGGCGAAAGAGAGGAAACUGAAAGAGUGGCUUCUGAAGACGCUGUCCGAUUCGAUCAUGCAGAACCGCAAGUGAUAAUGCAUACUGUAGGGCAUGGGGGUGUACUCGCGCACAAGUUCUGACAUGAAGGCGAAUAGAACGGCAAUGUGGUAUAGCAUACAUGUAGUGGUAUGGGUCGAUU